GCCGAGCGAGAGGACAAGUGAGUAUAUAUAACUAUUUUGCUGCUGUUGACGAUUCUUCGCUAUAAAGAAAAGAGAACUGUUGGUCUUGAUGGUUGUAGUUUGAAGUUUGAACGAUAUUCUUUGUCUUGUAUUCGCAGUAAUUUCACAAGAUGAGGAGUUCAGUUUGGACUUUUGGAGGAAUUUGCUGAUGAAAGAGGGUGAAAAGGCCGAGUUUGGAAAUUGGUGUGGCUCUUGUGCGCUUGUCUACUCCACCAGCCAGCCAGCACAAUGCCAGCCCAGAAAGCAGUUUGGUGGAAGGUUGAAACUUGAAAGAGCUCCCAACUCAACCUGCCCCUUUCCUCUUUCGCUCUCAGCGGACAUUUCCUCUGCACAAUUGCUCACAAACUCAAUUGAGAUGAAAGCCAAGGAAAGAAACAACAAAGCUAUGGGAGAAGAAAGGGAGGCUACAAGCAUUGGUUUCCAGAUAAUCGUAGCUUGAUCUGAUAACUAUGGUGGGUAUUGUUAGUUGUAACUAAGAAAGUAGAAUUUGGGAAGCCUGGACAUCAGAACUUAGAGAUGCCAAAACUUCCUGCCCGGCCGGGCUUGCAUUUAUAGUCUUCAUGACAUUAUCAGAGAUGGGUUGCCUGAAAACCUCUACAUGCAUCAAACGACAGAACCUUGAAAUUGACACAUCUUGAUGCAAACAAGUCACUGAGGAUGCCUCCGAAUAACUUUGGGGCAAUUGG